GUGUCAUUAGGUAGCACAGAGAGAAGCCCCGACUCAUCCACAAACUCCCUCAGCGCCCCGGCGUCUUGCUGGCACGAAGCGCACUCUCGAAGUUCCGUCAGGUUCUCGAGCGGCAUGAUACGAAAGGCGUACUCGAGGGCGCCCGACGGUGUGAUCUGCGAAGAACGUAAGCCACACGUGCAAAUGAAAUGAAGAACGUCUUACCCAUGCAUGUCAGGCAGACAGGCAGCAUGCCCUGUAACUGCUUACGGUGUGCUGUGACUGAAACUCGGGCCUGCGUGACAGUAGCUCCCACUUUUCGGUCGUGUGCCAUGUUGCAGGGAUGCUGCUGUUCGUCGUGUUGAGAGUUGGAUCUGCUGCAGCGGCAUAGAAGGCGGCAAGCACCAACAGAUGCCGAAGCCAGCAGCCUUCAUGCAGCCUCAU